CCAAACGCGAGGAGGGUGGCGAACGAAAUGAUCUGGCAAGCAUAAUUUUUGAAUGGUGUGAUGAGGAUCUAUUUACGUGCUAUCGCACUUGACAGACCACAGCUGCAUCGUCAGGAGGUAGCCUACCAAAUAAUAACGCGAUGUCUCGGUUUUGACUUACAGUAUUUCCUAUUUUUUUCAUCCCUGCUCGAUUGUCCAUAUUGGAGCCUGGCGUUACUGUAGAUAAGUAGGCUACAGCUAUACAUUAGCGAUCAACCAACAUACGGUGACUUAACGGACACCCGAGAAACAACACCUGAAAAUACGGGUUUUUGCCAUGUCCCGCGGUCGUCGUGUGACAAGAAUCGCAGGACAGGAUCGAAUCAAGCCGUUGGGGCAAUGCUAGGAGGUGCGUUAAUAACCUGGCAAGAGGAAUACUUGAUACUCGAAUACGUUUGCUUUCGGAGAAUCGAAUGCAGACAUGAGUUUUGAGUUGUCAUGCGGGGCGGUCCGGACACUGGACCCCCUGAUCGUGGGAGUCUCGGACAGAUCCCGAUGCUCACGGUCAAAUACUAGCUUGUGAGGAACGAAAGAAUGCCUGCGGUGACCGAGACCGGAGAAGCGCCCUUACUGAACGGGAGCAGAAGAGAAGAGGUAGUAGAGCUUUGGCUAGGUUGUUUGGGAAAUGGGGGGGGGGGGGGGGGGUUAAAUGCGCGCGUGCGUAAUUGUUGUUUUGGCGGCUACUAUAUACAGCCUAAUAAGAUUACAAUGUUGUUAAUACCCAUAUAGAAUGUGCGUUUGCAAGGAUAUUCAAUCCAUAUCAUAUUUAGGUCUGCACUGCAUGGUGAGCUCAAGCUAAUAGGCUACUCAACCUCAGCUUUCACUCUUCUGUAACCAGAGGAGCUCACUCAGUUAUCCACUCACUAAUCAACAUGUUGAGCACAAACAGAACUCUGCAUCUCUGGUGCGUCCGAGUUUGAUCAGAGGAACGCUGGGUUUUAAAUUAGGCAACGAGAGACCAGUCACGUUGUAUUUUUUUUUGUGCGUGUAUACUACAAGGUUACUUGAAGUCACCCCUCACAAAUGGAGGGACGCAACUGCAUUGCAGUCGAACUGGAGGUGAACGAUUUAGCUCCCCCUCAUAUAUUUGCCUGGGCUGAGAUAUGAAUGCCACACAAAAUUACUGACGCGAUAAUAACAUUAAUUAUUAAAUAAUUCCUCAUCAUGAUUAGGAGACUUAUCAUCUUUGGGGAUUACUUAUUAGAAUGAACUGUACAGCAUCUGGCUACAUUAUAGUCUAAGAUCACUGUUCUGUCUGAGUAGUAGCCUAAACGUGCACUGAGUCCUCAGUUGCUGAGGUGUAACCUCAGCUCUUAUGUUACAGAGUGAUCAAUAAAAAAAGAGAGACAGAGAUUGGGAGGAGAGCACUAUUGAGUUUUCAUAAUGUUUGUAUUAUACUGACACAACCAUAUCAAUACUGUUAAGCAGGCCUAAGUUACAUGUCUCAUGUUAUAAUGGCCUACUUUCCCAUGAGCAUGGUUGAUAUGUGCACAUAUGAUGUCCAUAUGUCCUGUCAGGCUAAAUCAGCACACCUCUGUGUGUGGUAAUGUUUAUUUCUGAGGUUGCAUUUCUACUUGGGCGGCCUGUGUGUUCCUUUGAAUGUUGUGGGGUUUGAGAGAAGUAAGACAGAUGUGCAGGCAGAACUGUACGCCCGCCGUCUCUUUCUCUCUUCCUCUGCUUUGUCCUUCAUCUCAAAGUGAAGGUAAGAAAGUGGAAAACAGGCUCCUACACACAUAAAAACAAAGAAGGGAGGGAGGUCUGUAGUAUCAUUACAGUUUGGACACUGGUUGAAGAAAACCUGGUUGGGUCAACCCACAUUGAGCUGUGUGUCUUGUCUUCUGUUGUGUUUGCAGCCAUCUAUGGUCAGAUUUCUUCCACAUACUUUGAGAAUAAUUGUACUCUUAUGUAGUAAAGACUUGCAGACUACAGGCUGACCUACUUGAAUUUAUACACACACAAACUCACAUUAUGUUUCUGCCUGCCUCUAAUGUGAGAGGCAUUCCUGAUAAAACUGUCUCAGACCGGUAGUUCUUAGGCUUGAUAAAUAAUUAACACUGGUUGAGUAAGACUGAAAUGCUCUUUAUAUACCUACUUAAACCCACUAUCCAUCUCUCUCCCUGCUGUUGCAUCAGGAUAUGUUACAUUUUGAUGGAUUUAUUUAUAUAACAAGAAUUUACUCCAUUGUGGUCCUCUGUAGCUCAAUUGGUAGAGCAUGGCGCUUGUAACGCCAGGGUAGUGGGUUCGAUCCCCGGGACCACCCAUACGUAAAAAUUGCAUAUUUACAUGACUGUAAGUCGCUUUGGAUUAAAGCGCCUGCUAAAUGGCAUAUUAUUAUUAUUAUUAUUAUUACUCUGGCCCCCUUCUUUAUUGAUCUUCCCUGUACCAUUAUUCAUUUUGGCAACUUGCUCUGAUAGUAGAUAGGUGAAAUACGUUGCCCUUGUGCUUAUGACAGUAAGAAGGAGCAAAAACAAAUGUUCUACUGCGUGAAACUGAAGCAGUAGAAACUGAAGCAACAGUGUUACAGCCGAAGUAGUUUCACAGUGCUAAUGUCAAUAUGGAGUGGGAGGAAAAGCGAUCAAGUGGGAGGGAAAAAGCACAGUGGAAGAAACAUGAUGCUCCUAGUAAACUACCCAUCCCUCUCUUUCUCUUCAUCUCUUCCUCUCUAUUUGCCUUUAAGUGGGGAUGAGUACGGCAUUAGCCCAUCAUCAUUAAUAUAGACACACACACGUAUAUAUGGAAUAAAUGAGCAAUUGAGGCACUUGACUCUAGGUUCAUGGUGAACUUAAAUGGUCUCUCCCGUUGACUCAGCAUGCUCCCUUGUCCUUGUAACGCAGGCACAAUUAAACCCCAGCACCUCUGCCAACAGGAACACACCUCCUCACAGCUACCGUUUGGACAGCAGCCUGCCUUUUUAGCAAAACAAACCUUCCCUGCAAGGUCACUGUCAUGGCUGAGAGGCCCAUUUGACUACUUCAAAAGUGAAGCAGAUAGACAGAUACUCUGAUCUCAGGGCCUGUAUCCACAAAGCAUCUCAGAAUAGAAGUGCUGUUCUAGUAUCUGUCCAUAGAAUCGUAUUCGUUCUGAGACUCUUUGUAGAUACAGGCCCAGCUCUUAUCUCGCUAGCUCUUUCUUUGUUUUCCUUUUGGUUCUUUUCUGUGCUCUUUGUGUGGCCAAGAGUGACCCUAUGCUUUUUUGCUUUUCCAAUUACCCGCUGUCCAUGUGCAUCUCCCUAUGGGAAGCAGGGAUGGCCACAGUACCACUAACUUCCACUGGCAACAGAGAGCUGAAUGCACUCUCUUUCUCUCUCUUGAUGAGGUCUAAAAGCAUCAACCUUUUCCAGUGCCAACUAAUACCAAGUGUUUAAAAUGGACUUCAUGGUUUGGGUUUCACUCUGCCAGGAAAUGUGUCCAUGCCUCCAGAGACUGGAAUGUUCCAUCUCUGGAAGAGAAGGGGAGCAAGAGAGGAGAGAACAUUGAUGUUUAUUAAUAUUGUUUUGACAUAAAGGCCAUGGUGUGAUUGAUGCCCAAUCAUCUGUAUUCUUAUCGAAUACACUUAAUAUAUGUUCUGUUUUUUCUGUUUCUGUUUCUUGCAGAAAAAUCCAGUUUUAACACCCUUUCCUUUCCUUGUCUUUCUGCCAAUCCUGUUCCUCUCCUUUUUAUCACCCCUCAUACGAUCCAUUACGCUUGAUGUUUUAUUAUCGUUAAAACCCCAUCACCAUCCCCACCACUUACACAAUCAUUUUCCAAUGUCCUGUCCACUCUCGCAUCCCUCCCUUUACCCAACCUUCAACCUGUGCUCCUGAUCCCAUCACUCAAACUCUGCUACUCCCAUUUAUAAAAUCUUAACCAAAUUUCUACCCGUAUUUGUGCUCGAUCCUCCAUCCCCCCCAUCAUCUGCUUUACCUUGUCUCUUAUCCCUUCCCCCAUGUAGCAGCGUCCCUGUAAACAGUCCCUUCCCAGGUCCUUAUGCCGAGAGUCCCACUGGAAGUGCCUGCUUCUCACGCUGCUGAUGUUCGGCUGUUUCGCCACGUUGGGAUGGUGCUCUUUCUACCGCGUCACUGUCAUGGCUGCCGAUGAACACGGCCUCUACUACGGCGGCCGCGCCCGCCUCUACCAUGACAGCCCCUGCUCCAACGGCUACGUCUACAUCCCGGUGGCCUUCCUGAUCAUGCUGUACCUGGUCUACCUGGUGGAGUGCUGGCACUGCUUCUCUAAAACAUCCUCUCUGGCCCGGGUGAGGAUCAGCAAGGUGUACAACAGGGUCCAGAGGCUGCAGCAGGCCAUGCCCUGUAUCUGGUGGAAGGCCAUCAGCUAUCACUAUGUGAGACGGACACGGCAGGUGACUCGAUACCGCAAUGGUGACGCUUACACCACCACACAGGUGUACCAUGAGCGGGUCAACACACACACAGCCAGUUCUGAAUUUGACUAUGCCCGACAUGGUGUCAAGGACGUAUCCAAGGAGCUGCUUGGCCUUCUGGAGCACCCGGCCGUACGCCUUCGUUUCACCAAGUGUUUCAGCUUUGCCAGUGCCCAUGCCGAGGCCGCCUACCUCACCCAGCGUGCACGCUUCUUCGCAGAGAACGAGGGUCUGGAUGACUACAUGGAGGCGCGGGAGGGCAUGCACCUGAAGAACGUGGACUUCCGUGAGCACAUGCUAGCCUUUCCUGACCCGGCAUGGCCGCCCUGGUUCUCUCGUCGGCGCAUGUAUUGGCUGAUCUCAGCCCUGAUGUUGUCCUGGCCACUACGUGUGGUGUCGGAGUACCGUACGGCAUAUGUUCACUAUCAUGUCGAGAAGCUGUUUGGUGAGAACGAGGAAGUAAAUGAAAAUGACAGCACUGAGAUGGGCAACUAUCGCUCAGGCCAGGAGAAUGGGCAACGUGGUGGCCCCAGAAUACGUGUCAUAUCGAGGGUCAACACAGUGGACAUCACUGAACUGGAGUGGCACAUUCGCUGCAACCAGCAGAUGGUACCCAGUUACUCCGAGGCCUUGCUGAUGGACCUGAACACCAACAACACAACAUCUUCGCCCUCUGCAGUUACCAGGGCAACACGUGUCCCUAUGAGGCGGAGCUCCAGCUACGUCCUCCAGAGCUGCCCCCGCUGUCGUAGGUCCACCAGCAGCUCCUCGCUCCCCUCGCGAGUCAGGGGGAACGUGGCGAUGGGGGCGGGCUCUUUGACAUAUGGGACAGUGGGAAGGAUGGGAGGAGGAAGGCUAGCCCUCAGCCGCAGUGGAUUCUCUCUUGGCCGUUUGCACACAGUGCGGCAGGCCUGCCUGUUUCACUCCCGGAGCCUUGGUGCAGGGAUGGGGAGUAGAGGGGACGAAGGUGGUGGGUUUCUGGGACUGGGGCUCCGCCGGGCUAACGAAGAGAGCAGAGGGGUCCUGGAGGGAGAAGGAUUUGAAGAGGAUGAGAAUAGUCUGCAGCAAGAAGAGGAUAGAGAGCAGGAACUAGAGAGAGUGAGGGCUGAGAUCAUGCAGGGAGUGGCCUGUGUGACAGAGAGACCACCAGCUUAUCAGGAAGCUCUCCACUUGCCUUUGUUGAUCAUCCAUGGUGAGGAGAGCUGCCAUGGAGGGGAGGACCUUAACGCAGGAUAG